AUGCCUGGAGUGUGGACAGGACUUCACUCAAGAGUGGAAGUCUACAUUCACAUCAAAGGACUCACACUGGAGAGAAACCCUAUAUAUGCCUGGAAUGUGGACAGGACUUCACUCACAGUGGAAGUCUACGUUCACAUCAAAGGACUCACACCGGGGAGAAACCCUAUGAAUGCCUGGAGUGUGGAAAGAGAUUCACUGCGAGUAGAACUCUACGUACAUAUUAAAGGACUCACACUGGGGACAAACCCUAUAUAUGCCUGGAGUGUGGAAAGAGCUUCAUUGAAAGUGCACAUCUACAUUCACAUCAAAGGACUCACACUGGGGAGAAAUCCUAUCAAUGCCUGGAGUGUGGACAGGACUUCACUCAAGAGUGGAAGUCUACGUUCACAUCAAAGAAUUCACACUGGGGAGAAACUCUAUAUAUGCGUGGAGUGUGGACAGAGCUUCAGUCAGAGCGGAAGUCUACGUUCACAUCAAAGGACUCACACUGGGGAGAAACCCUAUAUAUGCCUGGAAUGUGGACAGGACUUCACUCACAGUGGAAGUCUACGUUCACAUCAAAGGACUCACACCGGGGAGAAACCUUAUGAAUGCCUGGAGUGUGGAAAGAGAUUCACUGCGAGUAGAACUCUACGUUCACAUCAAAGGACUCACACCGGGGAGAAACCCUAUAAAUGCCUGGAGUGUGGACAGGACUUCACUCACAGUGGAAGUCUACGUUCACAUCAAAGGACUCACACUGGGGAGAAACCCUAUGAAUGCCUGGAGUGUGGAAAGAGCUUCAUUGAGAGUGCACAUCUACGUUCACAUCGAAGGACUCACACUGGAGAGAAACCCUAUGAAUGCCUGGAGUGUGGAAAGAGCUUCAUUGAGAGUGCACAUCUACGUUCACAUCAAAGGACUCACACUGGGGAGAAACCCUAUGAAUGCCUGGAGUGUGGAAAGAGCUUCAUUGAGAGUGCACAUCUACGUUCACAUCGAAGGACUCACACUGGAGAGAAACCCUAUGAAUGCCUGGAGUGUGGAAAGAGCUUCAUUGAGAGUGCACAUCUACGUUCACAUCAAAGGACUCACACUGGAGAAAAACCCUAUAAAUGCCUGGAGUGUGGACAGAGCUUCACUCACAGUGGAAAUUUAAAUAGACAUCAAAGGACUCACACUGGGGAGAAACCCCAUAAAUGCCUGGAGUGUGGACAGGACUUCACUCACAGUGGAUGUCUACGUUCACAUCAAAGGACUCACACUGGGGAGAAACCCUAUGAAUGCCUGGAGUGUGGAAAGAGAUUCACUGCGAGAACUCUACGUUCACAUUAAAGGACUCACACUGGGGAAAAACCCUAUAAAUGCCUGGAGUGUGGACAGAGCUUCAGUCAGAGUGGACAUCUACGUUCACAUCAAAGGACUCACACUGAGGAGAAACCUAUAAAUCCCUACACAGCUUUGGUCCAGGCUACUUGAGACACUGUGUCCUAUCACACAGACUUUAAGGUCUAGCAAGGAGACUCUCAUCUCCACUCAGCGCAGGAAAUACCUAGUUAAAAAUCACCUGAGAAGGCACUUUUUGGGGGAUGGAGCUUGGGGCGGGGUAUAGAGGUUCGGCCUGGUCAGGCACUUGGGGAGAGGCUCCGCCCCCUCCUCUAGCCACACCCCCUGUGUCCUGGCAGGGAUAGAAGCUCAGCCCUGCCUCAGUGCUCGUAACUCCGCCCAUCCCAGUCCUGGCCGCCCAUUGGUGGCCCCGCCCACUUCCCCUCCCAGCCCUGCAUCUUGGACUCAGGGAGAAGCAGCCCCGCCCUCUUGAGCAGGAGCCACGCCCACCCCUCUAAGCCACGCCCCCUUUCCAGGGGGCACUGAGUAAUAUUUUUUCUGGAAAAAAAAUAAGUUUGGGAACCACUGAUUUAGAUGGUCAGAUAUUCCUGGAGAUGAGGGAGGGGUGGCCUCAUCCAUGACAAAAUCUCAGGAUGAAAGAGAAGGCAAGGCCUCCCCCCAAACAGAUCCUCUAUGUUGUGGGAGGGGCUGCAGACCAUGUGAUCGGAUCUGGGUGUCCGUUCUUGGAAGUUCUCGGAUACAAAGGAGGCUCACACAGGCAAAUCCUUGGAAACACUUUAUUGAUCCUUCUUACCAAGUUGGAAAAAGAAGCUAGUUCUGACCAAAUCCCGCCAAAACACGACUAUAUCAAAACCACCAUUCCCAGACAGAGGUAGCAACAAAUCGUGGUUCCCUCCCAGACCAGAUGGCCCUUAUCAGUAAGGCCAUUCCUUUACUCCCAUUCCAAUUAACUGGAGCCCCCAGUGGUGCAGUGGGUUGAAGCCCUGCGACGUGAAGGUUGGGUUGCUGACCUGAAGGCUGCCAGGUUCAAAUCCCACCCGGGGAGAGCGCGGAUGAGCUCCCUCUUUCAGCUCCAGCUCCAUGCGGGGACAGGAGAGAAGCCUCCCACAAGGAUGGUAAAACAUCCUGGGCAACGUCCUAGCAGACGGCCAAUUCUCUCACGCCAGAAGCGACUUGCAGUUUCUUAAGUUGCUCCUGACAGGAAAAAAAAAUCCAAUUAACUGGCAUGGUGUGAAUGGUUCAGCUGGUUGGCAAUAGCUGAGACGGGCAUAUCCUGACACUGGGACUAUUCAGGACUCAGACUACAUUUUAGAAACAGUAGAAACAGGUGUAUGCUUUCAGACGCCAGUAGACAGAGACUCCUUUGGACUUUGAGACUAAACAGAGACUCUAUUAGACUCUCAGACCAGAGAAAUGCUUUGUGAAUAUUUAUACAAAUACUUUUACAAAUAUUUUCACGGACAUUUUUCUGCCACUAUGUAUACCAUUUUUGUGAAUAUUUAUAGUAAAAGAUCUUUUCUAAAUGGGACCAUUCAUAAAAUCCCAAAGCAAUGACUUUUUCUGAUAAAUAGGUGUAAUGAAGUGUGAAUUUUUUGGUUUGCAGAUGUCAUGUUUGGUUGUGUUUUAAAAGGGUCAAUAUUUCAGUUAUGGCAUCUCUGCACUCAUGAGUUGGUUGCCAUGGAGAAGUGGGCGGAGCCAACUGCCGUUUUGGUGGUGAAGUGCAGGUUUGAAAAACAACAGUUAGUCUGUGCCCUGAUGAGGUACAGCGAAGACUGAUCCUCAGUUGAAGGGAUCCGGGAGACUCAAUUGCUUAAUUUUGAGUCAGUUUAAAAUAAGUUUGGUGACUUAUUUUAAGGUAGUCUGUCUCCUGAUGAGGAACAGAUAAUCUGUGAUUGUAAUUCACAGGGUGACUGCAGUUUAGAGCAGUAGAGAAAGAAGUGACAUUUUAAGGAAUUUGAAACACCUCAUUCUAGCUUUGCAACUGUUAACUAAAGUGCCUCUAAAGAGAAAGUUACUGUAACCAUUAAGCUCUGUGCCUGAAUAAACGUGUUAUUGUUUUUUCAAA